CCUCAAAUCUGAAAUGUACGUAGUUUCCGGUCGUGUAAAUCUUUUUCUUUCAUGUCUUUAAUUCCUAAUUUCUGUUUUUUUAAUUGUGUUCAUUUACUAAGGAAAUGAUACAAAACGAUCGGAUUGAAUGAACAUUCCAAAGUAUAGGCAAAUAAAGGAUUGAUCUCAACAAUGGCGGCUGUUUCAUAAUUAACUUAUGGGGAACACUCACCUGGACUAAUUGAUCAUUCAAGCUGAGAAAAAUAAAUUUCAUUAUGGGUAUCAGUGAUUUGCAAACUUUUUUGGAAAGCCCCACUUUGGAAGGAGGAGCUGUUUCUGUUGAUCUUUUGAAGAUAGCCAGAAAUGUUACUCAAAGACAACAGCCCCACAACGCCAACCGUAAAAUUAGACCCAUAGGAAAUAAGUUGAAACUAAUUAUAGAUGCGGAAAAUUGUUUAGAUAGGUUGUAUGGUGGAUAUUUCUCAGGUUCCAAACCAGAACAAAACGUUCGGGAUGGUUGGACGACCCACGCUCCUUGGAAAAUACCAAAGGCUGUACUUGUCUGUAGCUUAAUGGAAACCGGCAGAUCUACAGAAAGUGAUCUUGGUUGUGAUAUUGGUUCCAGAAAUCAAAUGUUUUUUUGUGAUGAUUUUCAGAGCACGGAGAGCAAUAUAAAAAAACUGGCUGAUUAUGUUCGUACACUGCCUCUGCCUUCCAAUAUGGAUAGCUUGGUCUUGACCGUUUUUGGUUCUUUGGAGGACAAAAGGGCUAACAAAUUCAGACAGUCCAUUCAGUACUACUUGAAUGGAACUGCGAAUGGAUUUUUGAAGUAUUGUACUCCGCCUGUUAAAUCGAAACCAAAGAAGAAUCCUCCUGCGACCACCCAUAAUAAUAAUUCUGUUAAUAAUGCAACUAGAAGCGAAGAGCAUGACCUGGAUACUUCAGGCUUCGCCUCAGAAACAACAGAGCAAGAGCGAGAAACUUUGCAAAUUUACAAAGAGGCAACGGCUCAUUCGGUUAUUACAGACUUCGAAGGUUUGGACGUGAAUUUAUUGAAUAAUAUGAGUAACCACAACGACGAUUCUCCUGUUUCGUCGGAUUCUUCGAGGUUCAACGGAAUUUCAAAUGGGUCAGUAUCUUCUGCCAAGAGCGCAGCCGGACCAUCAUCGGGAAAUAAGGUUAACAAUCUGGCUAGCACCAGUGAUUCAAGCAACAGUAUUCCUUCUACUCCCAAACCGCCCAAAGCUCAAAAAGGAAAGAAAGCCCCAGUACAUGCAAAUACAGUCACUCCCGUGGUAUCGCCCGACGUUUUGAGAACCGCUUCUCUCCGUCAUCAGAAGGGGUUGAUGGCUCCUAUCAUACUGCACGUGUUGAGUACCCAAGAAGUUCGCCUGCCAUGUUUGAUGGAAGAUGAGGGUAACAGAGAGUUUCCUCGGAUUCACGAUAUAUACCGAACUCUGAGGCAGAGGAUUUAUGCUGUUCUCUUUAAUUUACAUCACUUGCGUUAUGUCCACUCCAAGAAGAAGGGUAAGAAUUUUGUUUCAAACUACACAGUUGCCUCCAAUAGUUUGAAUGUUGUAACUAGUCGAGGCGUGCAAUUGGCUGCUCUCUUCAUGAAGGGCGUGGACAUGGCUCUGUUGGCCAACGAUGCCUGCGGAGCUCCGUUACCGUGGCUCAUGUGUUGCCCUUGGUUGUAUUUUGAUGGGAAACUAUUCCAUUAUACUCUAACGAGGUCCUCCCACGCCAAAAACAUUCUUGAGGUUUGCGAGAAUUACAUCGAGAGAGUCGUCAAAGUGGAGAGGAUGAGGAAGGCCAUAUUGGAAGGAUUGGACGUGAAGUUCGCCAAGGUACCUUUACCGCCUUUCGCUGGAGCACCCAUGUUCCGUCAAAACCUGCCGCCUCCCCACUGCCUGCCCCCGAUGAAUAUGUCAUCGAAUCGCGGCGGCUCAUUGCGUGGACGACCGAUUCCGUCCAGAGGCGGUCAACUGCAAGUGGCUGGAGUUGUCGUAGGAUCCUGGGGUGCAAACUACGGUUACCAGAACAGCAUGAGGCAGAGUAUGAUGCCUGGCGGAGGUUUUCCGCCCAGCAACAGAGGACGCGGAGCGGGCGGUUACGGUCGCGGUAGGGGUCAGAAUCGAAGGCCUGGAGGAGCCCCUACGUUCCCCGUUCAUAACAACAAGAAAAAUCAGGCAAAUAAAAAGCGGAAUAACAAAUCAAAGAAGGGACAGCAGGGCGGCGUUUCUCUUACAGUGAGAACCGAUAGCGGCGAUGUGCCGGUCAACGACGUGAUCAUAUCAGAGGACGGCACCACAAGCUCAGGAGGGAUGAAACAAGACUGUACCAAAAGUAUCGAGCAUAAAGGACAAGGGGAUGCUCCGUGUAACGCUCAGGCUGCUACUGCUCCUCCCAGCGUCGUCGUCUCGUCCAAUUAGAUUCGGCGUUUUGGAUCGAACGUUGCGCCAUCUACCGGACACAAGUGCAACUCUUGAGUUUUACCACCUAUUUUUUGUUUUGUUUUUGUUUUCGAUGCGUAAGGGUAAGGCGGUGUUCGACAAACUUUUUGCGAGUAUUUUCACGGACUUGAACGCUAGGUAUGGACUCUUUUUAAUUCGCGUUAGCUCGACAACGAUAAUCUUCGAGGGCAGUGUCGGCGAUGCGGUGAGAGCGUUUUAUCUGGAGGGUUCCGACGGGGUCGAUCGAGUUGCCGUUUCGGGGGAUUCCCGAGCUAUUAUUAGCUAGGAUUUAUUACGAGAGGUAACAAACAUACUCUGGUUCAACCUUGGAGAUGUACUGGGUGAUCGGAGUUUUAUGUGUUUUUCUGUAAGCGACUUCUUGUGAAUUCAGUUAUUUAUUGCUGUUUGUUAAGUUGAAGUGGAAUUUUGUUCGUCACAAUUCAGUGCCAGUUUUGAAUGACAACUGACUUUAUUUCAAUGCCUGAUGGGGUUAUAAAUAACCUCAAAUCAAUAAUAAAUUGGAGGUUAAGCCAUAACUUAAUUCUUUUUUUUUGGUGUUUCGCAAAAUUAACCUGCACUGCUAUUCCUCGAAAAUCUAUUUGUCAAUUAUCUCAAGAAAUUUUCUUUUUGAAGAAACUAACCCUGGAAACCUUGUCAAAAAUGUUAUAGUAUUAUAUAAAUUGUAAACAAUGUUGCUUAAUAUUUUUAUUUUUUUUUUGAGAUUCUAAACAACACCUCUGUGGGAAUUAGAAUUGUGAAUUCAUCGUCAUUAUCCUCUCGAUUAUCUCAAGAAAUUUUCUUUUUGAAGAAACUAACCUUCGAAACCUUGUUUGGUUUCUCGGGAUGUCAUAUGAAAAUGUAUCAAGUCAUUACCAGAAUACUAACUUCCAGGAUCAUCUUGUACAUCUUCAGGACUUGAAACAUCUCUUUGAAUAUUUACUGUUGGCAAUUUGUAGAAUGCGGAAUGUUUUGGGGUGAGACCUACAUCUGAACUAUUUCGGACUUGAAAGUUGGUAAUAUUUUUAACAUAACCUCAAAAUGAAUGAAUUUGACAGAUCAUGAACCUUGUUUGUCUUAAAACAGCAAAGCAUUUUAAAGUGUGAAUGAGGUUCUGAUCUUUAUGAACUUAUUCAUAGAGAUUCUGAAAAACCGCCAUUUCCUAGCCGGUUUUAGGGACACCAACUACAUUUUUAUGUGAUUUGAAUAUACCUAAAUCUACUCUCGCUCGUCAACUCGAUCGGUUCGACUUCGGUUAAGUGAGUUGACACUGCUUCUGUGUUAAGACAGUCCGCGAUGCUGACUGAUUGUUUGAGAGCAUAUGUAUAUUUUUCUAUGUUUGUUACAGCUGUUAUAAUUGUAUAUUGACUGAGAGAAAGCGCUUUGAGCGCCACUGUGAUUAUAUUUAUGGUAUUUAUAUAUAUAUAUAUACGUUAGAUCUGUUGAUUGGACCAAAGCAGGCCGUGCUCGAAACUCUGUCCGUUUCGAAACGACCUGCAUUGCGCUAGAAAGAUGUGCCGAUGGUUAAGGAUGGUUCGUAUAGUAUAUAUAUUCGAUGACCUUUCGGUGUAAGAUUUGAAAAUUUUUCAAUAAAACCGAAUUUACGAGUCUUUUUGUAAUCUCUGGGCCGAGCUUGGAUGGGAACGGAAAGCGAUUCUUCUGUGCAUUUUCUCAUGAUUGUGAAGAAAUAACUGAUUAGUAUUAUGGCGUCCAACGUGGGGCCAUAUUUAUAUCUUUAUAAUUCCUAAUACUGAAUGAUGAAAAGUUAUUGACAGGUGGAGAGCUGUUUGUCAUUGUCUUUGAGUGAAUCGAGAAACGCUUUUGGGUUUUCUUCUAAGACUCGGCAACAUUGAAAUUUGACAUUGGACACUGGACAUUGAUCCUGCAAGAUACAACAGUUUGUAUCACAUUGCUAGUAAUGAAUUUGCCCAAUCUAAGGUAUCUGCGAUUUGCGCAGUUUACCUUCUCCCGUGAACUUUAAAAUAAUGAAUUUUAAAUGCAAGUCACUAAUCCAAGAGUUGAAGAAAAUAGUAGAUUUCUUGGACGAAUUUCCCCAAGUUCAGAAUUGCGCUGUUGCUCAUAGGAGACAAUAUAGCUUUCGGAUAACUGAACUGAUGAAACACAAAGGUAAUUUUUGCCGCUAAACUGAAAAUCUCAACUCUGCGAAUCGCUCAGAUUCGCAAUUUGUGAACACAUUGUAUUGUUUAUCAAAUUAAAAAUGAAAUGGAACAUUUUUACCAUUUUUAUUAGCUGUUUAUGCUUGUUCACUUUGUAGUUUACGGAAUACAUUCAAUUUAGCUCACCAAUAUAGAAUUUGUCUUAGAAAUUUCUCCAGAACCGGAUGGAAUUCUAGAGGUUAUUUGUAAUAUUUGUUGUAUUGAUUAUGUUGUAAAAUUAUUGCUCCACAUGUUCAUGGUAUUUUGUACAUUCGCAAUAAUUCUUCUUGAAAUACUUUGCUUUCAAGGUGGCUUUUUCUUUUUUUGCUAGUUUAUAAGCGAAUGUAUUUUUUCGGGGGUUUAUUUCCGUUUACCGUUUUUGAUGCGAACCCUCGAGUUCUUUAAAAAUAACAUUUACGAUAUAUAAUAGUAUAAUCUAAUGCUUAAACAUAUUUAGAAAUAUUUGGAAGCGUAGCAUAAAAAGUUUUUCUUUUAAUAUUAUUCUCUGUAACUGAGGUAUUUAACAUUGUAAUUUCUGAUAUAUAAUAUGUGUAUAUUGGCUCUGUGGGUGAAAGGGCAUCCAUAAUUGAAUAUUUCAAAGGUAUAUUUUAGAAAUAGUUUUCGUGGUUUUGGAAAACUUGGGACAAUAUUGCUCCUCUGAACAUUUCUUGAUUUGAUGAAGAUAUUCUGAAAAUUUUCUUGCUUAUUGAUACGCUGUUGUCUUGAUGUUUAUUCUGAAAUCACUGUGAAUCCAUGUUCACUUUUUCUUGUAUCCCAAUUUUCGAUGGAAAAAACAACCGUUCAACUGUUAGGCCGUUUUCAUAAUGGGCAAAAUAAAUAAUUGAAUUUUGUAUAUGUAAGCCGAUAAUACGCUGGAAAGGUAAAGAAAGUUAUCUGUGCAGUUGAAAGAGUUUGUUUGAUAUAUAAUAUACAAUUGAACCAUU